AUGGACCAAAAUUUAACAAAUCUGCAAGUUCAGGACAAGAUAGGGUAUAAACGAUGGUCACCCACUAGAGAACAGGUCGCCUUAUUAGAGGCACUUUUCGCGUUCGGGAUAAGAAACCCGAACAGAGAACAAGUACAUGAAAUCGCGACAAGACUUAAGGUUUACGGGGAAAUCGGGGAGUAUAGUGUCUACUGUUGGUUCCAAAACUAUGGAUACCGUGAGAAACAGAGAUGUCUGAAACGAAGCACCGCCACUACGUCUUACUCUCCAAUUCCCCUCCUGCCCCAUUUUAUGGAUGAUCUUUCCCGCACACCGUCGUCGAUGCCAGAUCGGGUGACACUCGACCUUUUUUCGAUUCCUCCGGUUCUUGUCAAAGUUGAGGUCCCUACCCCCUUUCGGUUCCAGGUGAAGGCCCCUUCCGUCGAACUCUCCCUGCGACUUCCUUCUACUGACGAGUAG